UCCUCGGAGGUUGUAUGGUGAAGUCAACGCCGAGGCGGUGCGGGCGUCGCGGCCCGGCGGUGGGCAGGCUUCGGCGCGCUGAUGCGCUUGCGCGGGGCUAGAUUCUCUGCCCUUUGGGGAGCGUGGAGAUGGCGGCGGUUGGGGGACCUUCGCCGGAGCCGGCGGCUUCAGAACAGCCGGCGGAGCUCCCUGCAUCGGUGCGGGCGAGCAUAGAGCGGAAGCGGCAGCGGGCGCUGAUGCUGCGCCAGGCCCGGCUGGCGGCCCGGCCCUACCCGGCGACGGCGGCUGCGGCUACCGGAGGCGUGGCUAAUGUAAAAGCAGCCCCAAAGAUCACCGACACAGGAGGAGGCUUCAUUCUAGAAGAGGAAGAAGAGGAACAAUGUACAAUUGGAAAAGUUGUCCAUCAACCAGGACCUGUUAUGGAAUUUGAUUAUGCGAUAUGUGAAGAAUGUGGUAAAGAAUUUAUGGAUUCUUACCUUAUGAACCACUUUGAUUUGGCAACUUGUGACAACUGCAGAGAUGCUGAUGAUAAACACAAGCUCAUAACUAAAACAGAAGCCAAACAAGAAUACCUUCUGAAAGACUGUGAUUUAGAAAAAAGAGAACCAGCUCUUAAAUUCAUUGUGAAGAAGAAUCCUCAUCAUUCACAAUGGGGUGAUAUGAAACUCUACUUAAAAUUGCAGAUUGUGAAGCGGUCUCUUGAAGUUUGGGGCAGUCAGGAAGCAUUAGAAGAAGCAAAGGAAGUUCGACAAGAAAACCGAGAAAAAAUGAGACAGAAAAAGUUUGAUAAGAAAGUAAAAGAAUUACGGCGAGCGGUGAGAAGCAGCGUGUGGAAAAGGGAAACAGUUGCUCAUCAGCAUGAGUAUGGACCAGAAGAAAGCCUAGAGGAGGAUACGUACCGGAAGACUUGUACCAUGUGUGGCCACGAGCUGACCUAUGAGAAAAUGUGACUCGUAAAGUGUAACGUUGCCACAGAUGAACGGGACACUCCUAUAAAUCAUGCUUCAGGAAGAAAUUUGUAUGUUGUGGCUUAAAAGCAAGUUUCAGUAAGGGUCCAGCAGGUCUGGUUGUAGGCAAAAUACUGGGUCUGGGAUUGCUUUUUUCUACAACAGGGAUGGGAGCCAAGGGGCGGAGUAGGUUCAGAAGUUAGGUUAAAGCCAAAAUUGAGAAAUAAGAAACCAAGCCAAACCCUAUAUUGGAACAGGAGGAAGAGCUUUUAAUAGCAGAAGCUGGCUGAACAGGAUCCUUCUCCCAGAAAUAAUGGACGGUGGUAGAUCCUGAACCCAAGGCUGGCCGGGUCUUCUAGACCCUGUCUCCGCAUAAGGGAACUGGGGAGCUGUUGUUGGAUAAGCCCUGAUUCCCAGCAGGAAGUGAGUUGUGGGAGUCUGAUCAUGUUUCCUGUAUCCUUGGGGUUUACCACCAUAGGCCUUAACGUCCAUGUCUAGGUAGCCCUUUUCAAAUCCAGAUUCAAAUGGAAAAACAGCCAUAUUGUUUUACUGAUCAAAGAAGGUGCUGUUAGUAAGUUUAUCAUAACUUGCUAACAUUUUACUGAGCAUUUACCAUGGGCCGGGCAGGGAUGAUGCCAAGUGGCUUACGGGUAUUCUCCUAUAAUCCUGGGAUGGAAGAGAACUUCUCUGUUUAAUUAGCACUUCUAAAGGAAGUGAUCACCUACAACCCACCAUCACCCCAGACAUAUGGAUCAAGUUUACCCAUUUAGUUCUGCCUCUGUCUUAUCAAAAGGCUUACAAGGUAGUUAUACUAAUAAGAGGAUUUGAUCCAAAUGUGCCUGAUUACAGGGUUUGUGCUUGUUUCUUACAAAAAUAUUCAGGUUACGAUAAACCGCAUGUUUUCAAAUUGUUCUUUGACCUGGCUUUUUUAGUCCUGUUGCUACAAUCAGAGAAAUAGGAUGGUCAUAUGUUUUCAUUUUCCUUUCUAGAUCAGAUCUUGCAGAUUAUACUUGAAGAAAGGCAAGUCUGAACAAGUCCAACCCAAAUAGGCUUAAGACUGUAAUUACUAAUUGUUCUCUAUACAAGUAUCCAAUAUAGAAAUGUUUUAUAUAAAUACUAAAAAGUUUAAUGUAUUAGUCAAGUUUUUUUUUUUUUUUAAAUGUGCCAAUUAUUCAUUCAGUAAAAACUGGACAGUGGGCAGCAAGACCUUCCUGGGACCAUGAGAAAGCUUCCAGCUUGAGGACAAGAGUACUGAGGGAUCCAGGCAGCUGACAACAGCAUUACUGCAUGGGAGAUAUAGAGCCCUUGAGCCACAUGGACCUAGGUUCCAAUUCCAUUUUUUAGCUGUGGGCCUUGGGUAAGUUACUCUGUGGGCCUGUUUCUAUCUGUCGGAUGGGCAUGAUCCUCUCAGGACUGUUUGAGGAUUACAUAUGGCAGAUCUGUAGCACGUGGCAUCUAACAGCCACUUGUUAAUGAGCACAUUAAUAUAUAUAUAGUAUAUAGUUCCCAAUUUGUCUGGUUUCUUAUAUCUUUGAAAUUCAGUCUGCAGUUUUCCCUAAACUUAGCUGCCAGACUGUGAGCGGGGUCACAUCAGUGCAUUCUUGACAUGAAGAGAGGAUCCAAGAAAUUCCUCUAGAAUUCGGAUCAAGCAAGUAUAAUUAGUCAAACUCUGCAAUACAUUGUGAAAGAUUUAUAAGUCAGUUUAGGGUCAAAGUUCCCAAAGCCUUAAAGGGUCAUCCUUUUGGCUUCUUGAGGACAAGAGCCAUGUCUAACUGAAUACUGUUUGUGGGAAAGAGGAACAGUAUAACCCAAAGAAUAUUUAGCCGAGAGCCUGGGUUUUAGACUCCUUUCGGUAGUAACCUGCCAUGCACCCUUAAUUCUGGGAACAAUUCUUGUUUUACAUGGUAUGGUUAUUUAAAAAUCCUAGGAGUUCCCAUCUCUUGACUAUAUUCUGUAGUCACCAAAUGAAGGAUACUCCAAAGAGACCACGUAACAAUAUGAAAAAUACUAAUACAGCAUAAAUUUAUGACAUAAAUAAGUGAAAGAUACCUAUGUUGUACAAACAGAAAUACUACUUAUCAGUUGUGGGGUUGUUGAUAAAUUUUUCCUCAGGUUUAAUGAAGGCUUAUUAAAAUGCUAGAAAUUUGCAAUGUCAGAUAAUUCCCUAUUUUGCAUAUUUUACAUGUGUACUCAUUUAUUAUCUUAGUUAAGCUUUAAUACCAUGUAAGAAACUGGCUCAAGAAUUAGUAACUCCUUGGACUUAAAUUCUAUAGAAACAAAGUCCAUACCUACAGUACAGUUUUAGCCAAUCCAAACUAGCUACUUCUAUUUCCACUUUAGCAUGUACUUCAUAAUUGGACCUUGGACAAAUCUGUCUCAGAGAACAGAGGAAAUGACCGGACAGCUCUAAGGUAAUGGUUCCCAAACUUGUCCACACACUGGCAAUCACCCGGGAUCACCUGGGGAGCCUUAAGAACUACGGCUGUGUCCCCCGACCCCCUGUGGUUUAAUUUAGAAAAUAACUUUAAAGACUCUCAGGUGACUUAUAUUCAAACAGAUUUGGGUAGUGCUAAAUAAAUAACACUUAAUAUGUGUAACAUUUUAAAACACUAAGAUCUGAAGAGAGAAUUGUGAAUGAGGAAAUCACCAAUCUUAAAGUAGAUUGAGAUGAUAAAUCAUGAAAUACCAAAGUUUAAAAAACAUUUUUAGUUUUAUUUCAGCCAUGUUAGGUUAUCCAUGAGCUGUGAAAAGCUAUGCUACUUGAUAGUAAACCCACCAGUUCUAUAUACUACUUUGUAAGCUGGACCUCUAGUGUUCACAUACCUCAAAUCGCUUCUCUUUUGUGCCGUAAGGAGAAAAAAAUACCAGAACAGUUGUAUCUGUCACAGAUAUAAUACAUCCUAUGGUCAUCGUCACAUUGUCAGUAGGGAGUAUUUGCCUUGUAGGGCCAAUUAAAGGUAAUCAAUUCUCUAUUCUUCACUGUCCUCCUCCCCCCCCC